UCCAUUGUGCCAAUCAACAACUUUAACUGCGAAUCUGAAAGUGAGUAGAGACCUUGCAGAAGCAGAAACAUGGCCAGAACGGCGUCGUUUCUCGUGUGUACUCUGUUCCUCCUCGGAACCCUAGCCCUCACCCAGGCAAAGAAGUCGAAGGAGGAUCUGAAGGAAGUGACCCACAAGGUUUACUUUGACGUUGAGAUUGAUGGAAAACCAGCUGGUCGUAUUGUCAUGGGUCUUUUUGGAAAGACGGUUCCUAAGACCGCAGAGAAUUUUCGAGCACUUUGCACAGGGGAGAAAGGCAUUGGGAAGAGUGGGAAGCCUCUCCAUUACAAAGGCAGCCAAUUUCACAGGAUUAUUCCAAGCUUCAUGCUUCAGGGAGGUGAUUUUACGCUUGGUGAUGGUAGAGGCGGAGAGUCAAUCUAUGGAGAGAAGUUCGCUGAUGAGAACUUCAAGCUGAAGCACACUGGCCCAGGGCUUCUGUCAAUGGCAAAUGCUGGUCAGGACACCAAUGGCUCACAAUUCUUCAUCACAACUGUGACAACUAGCUGGUUGGACGGCAGACAUGUUGUAUUUGGAAAGGUGCUAUCUGGAAUGGAUGUUGUUUACAAGAUUGAAGCUGAAGGCAGGCAAAGUGGCACACCCAAGAGCAAAGUUGUGAUCGCUGACAGUGGGGAACUUUCUCUCUAAAUGCUCUCUUUUUCUCUACGUGGAGUCCAUGUUUUAUUAUUUUCAUAGUGUUCUUACUGUACAAGACUGUCUUAGAUGUUAUAUGACGCAUGCUUGUUGAUCAUAUUUUGCAAGUUAAAACGGGAUUUAGAGUUUUCGAAUAUAAGAAUAAGGUGCAACAGUGAUGGGCGCAGUUAUACA